CAUGGAGAAACGUUAGUUCCACAACAAACAGGAAAAAUAGCUGCGAGGCUUCUUCUGGGAUUUACAAGGAUAUUUCAUUCCAGUCCAACGUAAUCUAAAAAGUAAAGCUACUAAUAUUCGUGAAAGCGCAUUUCAAAGACCAUCAUGGCAGAUGAGGGUAAAUGUAACAAACUGCUGCCACAAAGGGUCUCUGACCUCAGGAAGAACAAAAAGAGAAAUAACGCUUCUGCUACUGAUUCAAAACUAAAAGCGAAUCCUGGGAGUUUAUCAUGCAGUUUCAGCCGGUUGUCCCCUCAAGAUCCAGGUCAAACUCAACUUUCCAAGUUCAGAGCUACCGGUACGAAACCCAAGGAUAAUCUCUCUCGGGGUUCCGGGAAGGCUAAAGAACGACAAAGGGAUACAAAGAGCCACCUGGCAGCCACUCGUACAACCAGCAACAACAAAGUUCCUGCACAUGUAAUGAAGGCUGCUGUCCAGACCAUGGACAGCCUGAGGUGGGAAGGAGCGCUGCCGGACCCGCAGGAGGAAGAGAAAAGACUAGAGCGCUACAGAGCCAACAGGCGACAACGGUACAUCAGACACAGAGAGGCUCUGCUGAAAGAAGUCCAGUAUGCCAUGAGAGAAACAAAAGUGAAGACUUCAACCAAAUGAACACCAUCAGGAUCCACAGGCGGCUCACAAAUUAACUGACUUACUUACAAGCUGUAUGUUCAUUUCUGCUUUUUUUUCCAUGCAAUAAAAAUAAUCACAGCGACUCA